AUGGACAACACUGGCAAGUUCCAUUUGAACCUUAACAACAACGACCGCCCGCAAUUCAAUGAUCGUGCCUUUCCGACCACACCCUCCACCUUUCCGAAUCCCAUAUACCCACAGGCCCAAGGAGCUCAGCAGCAGGGCCAGGGUCAAAAUUCUCAACAACCGCCCUAUGGUACUGGCUUUCCACCGGCGGUUCCACCGGCGGGAUACUUUAUGAACAACCCCUACCCACCUCAAUAUCCCCAGCAGCCUCCUGCUGCCCAAUACCCACAUGCUCCUCAAGCUCCCCAGGCUUCUUAUCAACAGCGACCUGCUGGCUACCAAGCUAAUGAUGCUACGAAUGGCCUUGCACACCAAUUCUCUAACCAGAACCUAGGCGGUGGCAGAGCCUCUCCAUACGGAAAUCGCCAGGUACCGCAGGGUUCUGGACGUCCCCGCACAGCUGGUGCCCCAACACAGCAAGCUUACAAUAGCUACUUGAGCGCACCAAUGCCAAAUCAACCCACUCAGCAGCUGCCUGAAUUUGAGCGGGCUCCUGAAAGAAAUCCGGACAAAUACCCAUCGUCUGCGCAAACCAAUCAGACAAAGUGUGCGCAGUUGGCGGAAACUUUCUUCAAGGACAGUGUAAAGCGGGCUCGGGACAGAAAUGUUCGACAAAGCGAAAUGGAGCAGCGUCUGGUGGACCCAAACCAGUCACAAUCGAGACGAGAACAGACCUGGUCAAAUGCUGGGAAGCAGGAGGGAAAAUACUUGCGAUUCUUGCGGACAAGGGACAAGCCUGAAAACUACCAAACGCUGAAGAUCAUUGGUAAAGGUGCCUUCGGAGAAGUUAAGCUUGUGACAAAGAAGCAGGACGGCAAGGUUUAUGCUAUGAAGUCACUCAUUAAGAGCGAAAUGUUCAAGAAAGAUCAAUUGGCUCAUGUUCGAGCUGAGCGAGAUAUUCUGGCCGAGUCUGACAGUCCAUGGGUCGUGAAGCUCUACACCACCUUCCAAGAUUCCGACUUCCUCUACAUGUUGAUGGAAUUCUUGCCGGGAGGAGAUCUCAUGACCAUGCUUAUCAAGUAUGAGAUCUUCUCUGAGGACAUCACUCGUUUCUAUAUUGCUGAGAUCGUUCUGGCAAUCGAGGCCGUUCACAAAUACGGCUUCAUUCAUCGCGAUAUCAAACCUGACAACAUUCUGCUUGAUCGGGGCGGUCAUGUAAAGUUGACGGAUUUUGGUCUGUCAACUGGCUUCCAUAAGCUUCACGACAACUCUUACUAUCAGCAACUCCUCCAGGGCAAGUCCAACAAGCCGCGUGACCGCAACUCCGUCAAUCUUGAUCAAAUCAACCUUACUGUCAGUAAUCGAGGUGUCAUUAACGAUUGGCGUAAGUCUCGUAGAGUCAUGGCUUAUUCCACCGUUGGUACUCCCGAUUACAUUGCUCCGGAGAUUUUCACUGGGCAUGGUUAUGGCUCCGACUGUGAUUGGUGGUCGUUGGGUACGAUCAUGUUCGAGUGCCAAGUUGGCUGGCCUCCAUUCUGUGCGGAGGACGCUCACGAUACAUACCGAAAGAUUGUUAACUGGCGUUCAUCACUCUACUUCCCUGACGAUGUCCAGUUAGGUCCCGAAGCGGAGAACUUGAUCCGAAGCCUGGUUUGUAACUCCGAAAAUCGUCUUGGUCGCGGCGGUGCCGAUGAAAUCAAGGCCCACAAGUUCUUCCGCGGUGUAGAGUUCGACACACUCCGCCGUAUUCGCGCCCCCUUCGAGCCUAAAUUGCAGUCCAAUGUCGACACAGCCUACUUCCCAACGGAUGAGAUUGACCAGACCGAUAAUGCUACCCAUCUCAAGGCCGCUGUUGCAGCUGCUGGUGGACAGCCAAGAGCUGAAGCACCCGAGAUGAGCUUACCAUUCAUUGGCUAUACUUUCAAGCGAUUUGAGAACAACCAAAGAGGAUGA